AUGCCCGCCAGGAGCACAAUCCGCGGCUCUCUGCCUAAUCUCCAGCAAGCCCUAGGCCAACUCGUGAAGGACUCCAACAGCUCGAAUGCUCCUCCCAACGUGACCACCACCAUUCCGUUGACCAACAUCACAGUCUGCAAUGGCUAUGCCGAACUCUGCUCGCGCAAGUACAGCAACGUCACCAUGGUCGGCGCCCACAACUCGCCGUUUGUGCAGCGCAACAACCUCGCGGCCAACCAGAACCUCAAGGUGACGCAGCAGCUCGACGACGGCAUCCGGUUCGUGCAGGCACAGAUGCAGUUCCCGGUCCAAGACAACGGGACCGGGCCGCACUUUUGCCAUACCUCGUGCGAGCUGCUGGACGCGGGGCCCAUUGCGGGCUGGCUGACCGAGGUGCGCACAUGGGUCGACGCACACCCGCAAGACUUUGUCACGAUCCUGCUGGGCAACGGCAACUACUCGGCCGCCAGCACGUAUGCGCCGCACAUUGAAGCGAGCGGGCUGGUGCCGUACGCGUUCGUGCCGCCGCCCACCACCACCACCGCCGCCGGCCUCGCGCUGGACGCCUGGCCGACCCUCGGCGAGAUGCUCGCGGACGGCAAGCGCGUGCUCAUGAUGCUCGACUACAAGGCCAAUCAGACGGCGUACCCCUGGCUGCUCGACGAGUUUGCGUACCUGUGGGAGACGCCCUUUGACCCCGUGGUGACGUCGGUGCCCGUCACCGAGACGCUGCCGUGCCCCGUGCAGCGCCCACCCGACCUGCCGCCCGGGGUCGCCAACAGCACGCUCUACCUGAUGAAUCAUAAUGUCAACCUGGCGGUGUCGCUGCUAGGCCAGAAUUUCACGGUGCCGGCCCUGGCGCUGCUCAACCAGUCGAAUGCGGCGACGGGCAUCAACAGCCUGGGCGCGGCGGCCGAGGUGUGUGUGGACACGUGGGGCCGCCCGCCGCUGAUUCUGAACGUCGACUACUACGACCAGGGCGCGCCGCCCGGGUCCGUCUUUGAGGUGGCGGCAAAACUCAACGGUGUCUCGUACGAGAAUACAUGCUGCGGGAAGACGGCCCUCGAAGUGGUGUCGGGUGCCGUGCAUCGCAGUAUUCCUCUCUUGUUGUUGGUCACCAUCACGGUCGCCGCCGUUAUGGGGCUAUGGCUGUGGUGA